CAUGUAUAGAAUACCCCUUGAUGAUUAUAAUUCAAACUUAGAUACUAAAUUCAAUACUUGUUCAAGCACUAGAAAUAGUAAUUAACCCAAAUUUAAUUUUUCUACUGACAGAACAUCUAGAGCAAUGUAAUGAUUCAAUUAAUAAAAUUUAGGUCUGGCAGAAGUUGUAAUGUCAAGAAUUAAUUUGAUGUCAUGUGCUUUUUAAUGGGAGUUGAACUUGAAAGAUUGAAUUAAGAGAAUGAUAAAUUAAAGUAUCAAAACCUAGAGAUUAAAGAAAAAACUUAUGACAAUAAAAAUUAUGAGUUAUAGUUAAAAGACAUAUCAGAAAGAUUAAUUAAGAAGGAACUUCAAUGUCAGCAAUUAGAAAAUCAAUUAACUGAUGCAAAUAAAAUGAUAGCUUAAAAGGAGGUAUUGGUCCAAAAUUAAUAUUAAUAAAUGAAUCAGCAAUUAUAAGUUAUUUAGUAAUUAUAAUACACAAUCAAAUAAUUGGAAUGUAAAUUAGGGUUUUUGGUUUGUGAGAAUGAAAAUCUAAACACUAAAAGAAAUGAUGAAUUAAUAAAUUAACAAUAAAUAACUAAGUCACAGAAGGACUAUGAAGAAUUAUAGAAAGUUUAUAGUUCUUUGUUGGAUAAUUAUAAUCUAUAGAAUGAGAAAUUAAAGAGAAUAGAUGUUUAACAUAAAGAAUUAGAAUAGAAUUAUUAAUAAGUAUUGGAAAAGAAAUAAUAAUAAGAAAUGGAAAAUAAAAACAAAAUGAUUUAAUAUGUUGAUUGUAAAUAGAAAUUGACUCUAUUAACAAUUGAAUUAGAUCGUAUGAAUGAAGUUAUUUAGUAGUAAAAAUGUGAAUUGGAUUAAAAAUAAAAGAAAUCUGAUAAUAAAUAAUAGAUUUUAAUGAUGAGAAUAAUUCUGCAUUGUGCUGAAAUUGAUAGACUAAUUGAAGUGCAAAGUAAAUUAAUGAAUGAAAAUAAAUGGUAUAGAAAUCAAGUAGAUUUAUAUGCGAUGAUGAUUGGAGAUAAUAAUAAUAAUAAUAAAGUAGUUAAAUUAGAUUUUUGA